CUGCUCCAAAUUUUAGGGUUCUGGAGCUUUUUAGUUCUCUUUUCUCUUCUGCUCUCUCUGAGGUUUCAUCUGUUUUCUCUGGUUCGAAGAAGGGACAUUACCUGUAUCGGAGAUGAAGGCGUGAAAUCACUCACUCUUGUUUUCAAGAUCUUGAAUUGGCUUUCCCCUUUCUCUCCGAGAUUGGGGCACCAUGGCUAUGAAAUUGAACUCAGGGGACAGUAGGACUCGGAGCUCUGUAUCUAUAUUUAUUGUCAUUGGUUUAUGUUGUUUCUUCUAUAUUUUGGGAGCUUGGCAGAAAAGUGGUUUUGGAAAAGGAGACAGCAUAGCUGUAGAGAUAACCAAGCAAACAGACUGCAGUGCCCCGUCAAAUCUGAAUUUUGAGACCCACCAUGGUGGUGAUGCACGAGCAAUUGAUGAUUCUGAUUUAAAAGCUCAAGUGUUUGAGCCAUGCCGUGCUAGCUAUACUGAUUACACACCCUGCCAAGAUCAGAAGCGGGCUAUGACCUUUCCCAGGGAGAAUAUGAAUUACAGAGAAAGACACUGUCCUCCAGAGAAAGAGAAGCUGCAUUGCCUAAUUCCGGCACCAAAAGGAUACGUGACUCCAUUUCCUUGGCCAAAGAGUCGUGAUUAUGUACCAUAUGCAAAUGCACCAUAUAAGAGCUUGACAGUCGAGAAGGCUGUCCAGAACUGGAUUCAGUAUGAGGGCAAUGUGUUUCGGUUUCCUGGUGGAGGAACACAAUUUCCUCAAGGAGCUGAUACAUAUAUUGAUCAACUUGCGUCCGUGAUUCCAAUUGAAAACGGCACGGUUAGAACUGCAUUGGACACUGGUUGUGGGGUUGCGAGUUGGGGUGCAUACCUUUGGAAAAGAAAUGUAAUAGCGAUGUCAUUUGCCCCAAGAGAUUCACAUGAAGCACAAGUUCAAUUUGCUUUGGAAAGGGGUGUGCCAGCAGUCAUUGGUGUUCUUGGAACCAUAAAGCUGCCAUAUCCAUCUAGGGCCUUUGAUAUGGCUCACUGUUCUCGCUGCUUGAUUCCAUGGCAUGGAAAUGAUGGCAUGUACAUGAUGGAAAUAGAUCGAGUUCUUAGACCUGGUGGCUACUGGGUACUGUCUGGUCCUCCCAUUAAUUGGAAGAAUCACUAUAAAGCAUGGCAGCGUCCUAAGAAGGAACUCCAAGAGGAACAAAGAAAGAUUGAAGAUAUGGCCAAACUUCUUUGCUGGGAAAAGAAACAUGAAAAGGAUGAUAUUGCCAUCUGGAGGAAGAGAGUAAAUGCCAAGUCAUGUCAUGGGAGACAAGAUGAUUCUCGUGCUAAUAUGUGUGAAUCCAAAAAUGCAGAUGAUGUUUGGUACAAGAAAAUGGAGGUGUGUAUAACUCCUUAUCCCAAGGUUAAUAAUCCAAAUGAAGUUGCUGGAGGGGAGCUUAAAUCAUUUCCCCAGAGGCUCAAUGCUGUUCCUCCUAGAAUAGCUGGUGGAUCUGUCACCGGAGUUUCUGUUGAGAAGUACCUGGAUGACAAUAAAUUAUGGAAGAAGCAUGUAAAGGCUUACAAGAAGAUCAAUCAUAUCAUUGACUCAGGGAGGUAUCGCAACAUAAUGGAUAUGAAUGCUGGUUUGGGAAGUUUCGCAGCAGCACUUGAAUCUCCCAAACUGUGGGUUAUGAAUGUUGUGCCUACAAUUUCUGAUAAAAACACUCUUGGUGUUAUUUAUGAACGAGGAUUGAUCGGCAUAUAUCAUGACUGGUGUGAGGCUUUCUCUACAUAUCCAAGGACGUACGAUUUUAUUCAUGCCAAUGGUGUUUUCAGCUUAUACAAGGAUAAAUGUAAGGCAGAAGACAUUCUUCUAGAGAUGGACCGGAUCUUGAGACCCGAGGGUGCAGUCAUACUGCGUGAUGAAGUUGAUGUGCUGAUCAAGGUGAAGAAAAUUGUUGAAGGGAUGAGGUGGAAUACAAAAAUGGUAGAUCAUGAAGAUGGUCCCCUGGUCGGUGAAAAAGUACUCUUUGCUGUCAAACAGUAUUGGGUUGUAGGUGGGAAGAACUCAACAUCUUCGUGAU